UCCUUAAAAACAUGCUUUCGCUGAAUUCAUUCAAUGCAUAAUAGAGAUAAACCCACGGCAUGAUAUAUCGUUAUCAUUGAACCAUUUAGCUACCCCUGCCCAUUACAUUAGACUUCAUCAAUUAUUAAUAGACAGUUUUUAAUCAUAGAUAUAUAGGUUAUGAAAAUGUGGAAAUUUAACAUUAGUGACUGUCGUGCUGAGAGCUCACAAACAAACAAAUUAUCGCCAUAUUGUAAAAGAAGACAGUUGACAUGGAAUCAGUCGCUCAUCCUAAAAGGAUCAGUCUUUACCUCAGUGCUGGACACGUUCUGACUCUGUUACACACCUGCUUCUCUCAGUGCUACAUUCCAUUUAAUCCUAAAGCUUUGCUCAUUAGCAAUUAUGACAAUUCUUCUGUGUCUGGUUUUAACCUUAUGUCCAAUGCUGACAUUGCAAUGUGCAUGAUGGUUUGUUACAGGUUUAGUUUGUGUAGUUCAGUGGAUUGGAGUGUACAAAAUGGGACAUGUCGGCUGAAUACAAGGUCUGCCAUAAAGAAUGUCAGUGGUUUAAUGACCGAGGGCUACACCAUUCAUGUUGACCGGGAAAAUUUUCCAAAGCAUUUGACAGGCAUCUGUCUGAACCAUUCCUGUUCUGAAGAUGAAAUCUGUAUUGGUGGUAAAUGUCUACCUGUCUUUAAAGAACAAAGAAACAAGGAUUGCUUAGACAUCUUAGAAAAAGACCCCAGCAAGAGAGGACUAGAUGGAGUGUAUGUAAUUUACCCCGACAUCAUGAGAGAGGUCUACUGUGACAUGACCACAGAUGGAGGAGGGUGGACGGUGAUUCAGAAACGAGAAAAUGGUGAGGUUGAAUUUUAUAGGACAUGGAACGAGUAUAAACAUGGAUUUGGGCAUGUCACUGAAAAUUACUGGAUAG